AUGAAAUGCGGGCUGCUGACUCUUAUUGUGGUUUUGGUCCUGUUCCAGAUGUUCCCAGUCCACAGGAGCCAAAAAUCUUGCUGGGUCAUAAAAGGACACUGCAGGAAAAACUGCAGAUCUGGUGAACAGGUGAAGAAGCCAUGUAAACAUGGUAACUAUUGCUGUGUUCCCAGCAAGACAGAUUCUCAACUGCACAGACCCACCAAGGAGACCCCACCCAUGGUGCUGAUGAUUUCGUAGUAACUAUCCAAGAUGAGUAGAGAAGGAAGUAAACAACUAGGGUUAGUCUUUCAAACAGUUUGUCUGUAAAAGGAAGAAGAGGGUUGAGAUGUCAAAGAGGGCCACGAGUGUGCCACCAUCUGCAUGACUUUGGGUGACUUGAGGAAAGAUAACACGUUUCCAAGGACAAAAAGACUUAAAUGUUGUUAAAUUCAGUCCUGUCUAAUGCAAAUCAUCUUUGCACAAGUAUCACCACUCCUGUGGACAAACUCUGUAAGUAGAUUAUGCGGGGGCUGCAGAAAGAAGACCAAUCAUUUAACUGCGUAUCUGUGUUGAAAACCUC